ACCACCACCACCGCGCUGCUCGCACGCAACAAUAACAACAAAGAAAUUGGUUGCUCUUUCCUGCCAAUUUUCGUGUGUGCCAUUGCCUUUCCUUUAUCGUCUGUUGUUUUUAUCGACGCGUUCGUUCUCGCGUUCUUUCUUCUCCAGCCCAGUGCGUGAGUGUGUGUUCAGUCCCCCCAUAUCUUUCUCUCUGUUUGUUGUCACCCCCUCGCCAAACGAAAUAAAAAACAUAAAAAAUCAAAAUUAAAAACAAACCCUUUAUGCUAAUCAAUGAGCUGUGUCUGAGGCACAGUGGAAAAUUUUCGAGUUUCGCAAAGCGGCGACGUCAUCAGUGGUCGCUAUUGUUGUUGUUGGCGCCCGUGGCCGAGUAAAAGGGCGUUGAAUUCGCUGCCCCGAAUGCCGAGAUUCUUGGAGCAUCCACAGUGGCCGCAGCAAAUCACCAAGCUCACCAGCACCUCGAUGCCAUUGCACUGCCUGAUCAUCAAAUAGGCAGCUUAAAACCCCCCUUAAUCCUCGGAUUGGACUCAAAUUAAACCAAAAAUCAAGAAAGCAGAGCGGACGAAACACUCAAGAUGAGCUUCAGUUCGGCCAGCGGCAGGGAGAAUAAUGUCCGCAAAUUAUCCUUCCUCGGCUUCAAUACCAAAAAGAAGUCCGGCAAUGAGGAUCCCGACGAGGUGCUGCUGGACUCGGAAAUGGACAAGGUCUUUGCCGGCACCAGUUCACGCAAAGACAAGUUCGAUGUAAACACCUUCCAGGACAACUCCCAGCUGCCCAUUGGAUCCCGCAAAAAGAACAGCAUCCGCACAAACGAUCUGAACAUCGAGGAGGACUCGGAGUACGAGAGCCAAACGGAGCCCUUGAACAAUGCACAAAACUACGAUGACAUCCCCGAGGACUUUCCCUUAGUGUCGGAGAGAGCCGGACACGGUGAUCACUCGGACAACUCGGUGGACGAGAAGCACGUCCAGUUCGGCGGCAAGAAGAAGAUCGUCGUCACGCCGCCCAGUUUGAGUUAUGAUGAACAGCCCACGGAUCAAUCGCACGAACGUAAACGCAGAAGAAGCCGCCAUCAGUAUUAUAGACAACGUAAAUUCUCACAUCAGGACAGCGUGGAAGCCAAAAACAAGCUCGAGGAAAACGGUGAUGCAGGUGCGCGUCGCAUCUCUGUGCAGCCUGAGGACACGGCACUGGAGGAGGCUGAUCUCAACGAGCUGAGAUCACAUCGUUCUGACGACCCGCGAGCCCUGCGCCGCCACAAGAUCCAUCACUCAUCCAUCAAGUUGCGCGAAUUGCCGCAGAUUACAAUUUCCCCCUUCACCAACAAGAAGCCCGAGGUGGACCAUAGUCCUCAUGAGAUCUUUGUGCAACUGGACGAGCUUACGGGCGUGGGCGAGGAUCGCGAAUGGAAGGAGACGGCCCGCUGGAUCAAGUAUGAGGAGGAUGUGGAGGAGGGCUCCGAUCGGUGGGGCAAGCCCCAUGUUGCCUCCCUCUCCUUCCACUCGCUGCUCAAUUUGCGUCGCUGCCUGGAAACGGGCGUUGUCCUGCUCGAUCUCAACGAGAAGGACCUGCCCGCGGUGGCCUAUCGCGUGGUAGAACAGAUGGUGAUCGAGGACCUGAUCGACAUCAAUGACAAGCCCUCGGUGAUGCGUUCGCUGCUCCUGCGCCAUCGUCAUGUCAACGAGCACCAAGGUGUGCUGCCCUUCACCAAGCGGAAGUACAACAGCUACACCAGCCUGCAGAACCUGUCUGGUGGCACGGAUGAUAAAAAGAUCAAGAUCAUGCCGGCCAACGAGAUUGGAGGCAGCAAGCGCAGCAAUGAGCUGAAGAUCGACAUGAAGGACGACAUGUACUCCUCGUCGCAGGAGGAUCUCAAGAAGCUGCAGAAUGACACGAUCCUCAAGAGGAUUCCAGCGGGUGCUGAGGCCACCACUGUGCUGGUUGGUGCCGUGGAGUUCCUGGAGCAGCCCACCAUUGCCUUUGUCCGUUUGUCGGAGGGUGUCCUUAUGCCCACACUGACAGAGGUUCCUGUCCCGGUAAGAUUCAUGUUUGUGCUCCUGGGACCGCGUAACUUUGACCUGGACUACCAUGAAGUGGGUCGUUCCAUUUCCACGCUGAUGGCCAACGAGCACUUCCACUCGAUUGCCUACAAGGCUGACGAUCGCAAGGAUUUGCUGUCGGCCAUCAAUGAGUUCCUCGAUGAUUCUAUUGUCCUGCCGCCCGGCAAUUGGGAUCGCCACGACCUCUUGCCCUUCGAGGAGUUGAAGGCCAAGAAGGAUUGGAUCCGCACGCGAAAGAUCAAGGCGCUGCAGGUGAAGCGAGACAGCGAGAUGAUCAAGAUCGGCAAGGAUGAGGAGAAGGCGUUGCUGGAGAAGCAAACGCUGGGAGCCAUUGGAUUCACGAUUGGCGGAGGCGAUGGCGGCGGAGAUGGAGGAUCGGAUGAUGAUGAUGGAGGCAAGAAGAAGAAGCCUGGUCCACUGGAGAAGACCGGACGCCUGUGGGGUGGACUGCGGAACGAUCUGAAGCGUCGAAUGCCCAUGUACAAGAGCGACAUCCUGGAUGGCCUAAACACGGAAACCCUGGCGGCCACCAUCUUUAUGUACUUUGCCUGCCUCUCGACCGCCAUCACGUUCGGAGGUCUCGUUUCCGCCAAGACGAACAGCUGGAUUGGCAUCUCGGAGACGCUGAUCUCGUGCUCGCUGGUGGGCAUUGUCUUCCAUUGUCUGUCCUGCCAGCCACUCGUGAUUAUCGGCACCACGGGACCGCUGCUGCUCUUCGACGAGGCUCUCAUGGUGUUUUGUACGAAAAAUGAAUUCGAUUUCCUGGCGUUGAGGGUAUAUGUCGGUGUGUGGCUAAUUAUAAUCGCACUGACGGUCUCCGCCUUCGAGGGCAGUGUGUAUGUGCGCCUGCUGACGAGAUUCACCCAGGAGAUCUUCUCGGCGCUGAUCACGCUCAUCUAUAUUGUGGAGACGUUUAUGAAACUGAUUUCGAUCUACAAGGAGAACCCCCUGCUGGCUGAUUAUAAUUUGCCCCCACCGACGCUGGUUGCCCACGAUCAUGCCACCAAUGGAAGCCUCUUCAAUGCGACCGCUGGUGUGGCAGCAAACCUUACCCAGCUGGUCUUCUCGAACAUCUCGACGACGGCCAUGCCGAUGGGUCCGCAACCCUUGCCAAAGAAUCAGCCCAACACGGCUCUAUUCUGCACCAUCCUCACGCUGGCCACCUUCGUGGUCGCCUACUACCUGAAGCUCUUCCGCAACUCACACUUUCUGGGCCGCAAUGCUCGUCGGGCACUCGGUGACUUUGGGGUGCCCAUCUCCAUUGCCAUUUUCGUGCUGGUCGACUACAUGGUGCCGGCUGUGUACACGGAGAAGCUGGUGGUUCCGGAGGGCCUGUCGCCCAGCGAUCCCUCGAAACGGGGCUGGUACAUCGGCUUCGAUACCUCCUCCACUUGGAUUCCCUUCGCCUGUGUGGUGCCCGCCCUGCUCGUCUACAUUCUGAUCUUCAUGGAGUCGCAGAUCUCCGAGCUGAUUGUGGACAAGCCGGAUCGUGGAUUGAAGAAGGGUUCCGGCCUCCAUUGGGACAUUGUGCUGCUGUGCCUGCUCAACUGCGCAUGCGGACUGUUUGGGAUGCCCUGGCAUUGUGCCGCCACUGUGAGAUCGGUGACCCACGUGUCCUCCGUCACCAUUAUGUCACGCACCCAUGCCCCUGGUGAGUCGCCCAGGAUCGUUGAUGUGAAGGAGCAGCGCCUGUCUGGAUUCUUUGUCUGCCUGAUGAUUGGUCUCUCGGUGCUGAUGUCUCCGCUCCUGCGACUCAUUCCCAUGGCCGUGCUCUUCGGAGUCUUUCUGUACAUGGGUGUGGCCUCCAUGAGUGGAGUGCAGCUAUUCGAGCGAAUAAGACUGUAUUUCAUGCCGGUCAAGCAUUAUCCUCCCACGCCUUAUGUGAAGCGUUUGCGUCCCUGGAAGCUGCAUCUGUUUACCACCAUCCAGGUGCUGUGCCUCGUACUCCUGUGGACCGUCAAGUCAUCCCAGUUCUCGCUGGCCUUCCCCUUCUUCCUGAUCAUGAUGGUGCCCAUUCGGCAAAACCUGACGAAGCUCUAUAAGCCGGAGGAAAUGCAAGCGUUGGAUGGCAGCGAGAUGAAGAAGAACGACGACGAUGAGCCCGAUUUCUAUGAACAAACCAACAUACCAGCCUAGGAUUGGUUCGUUUGGAACUUAAUUAGUGUUAGAUUGAAAGUAUUAAAGCCAAGCCACGUUUUACGAUGGCCCCAAAAACAAGAAAAUAACAAUAGCAAAAGCAAAGAAAAACAAAACUAAAACAAUACAAACAUAAAUACGAUAUAUUUGUUGCGAAAUUCUGGUGUGAAAGCGUUAACGAACUACCUGCAAUUAGUAUUUAGAGACAAAAGCCGCAAACACACACCUGAACUACCCAGGGCAUAUAUAUAUGCGAUAUACAUAUUUGUAUAAUAUAUGCGGGGUAUGCACCUUGUGAUUUUGUAGGCGAAUUGAGCUGCAGAAGAAGGCGGAAUCGUGUACCUAAAUUGCAACUGAAAUCAAGAGACAAAUUAGAUUAUUAGCCAGAUUGACUUGGAGGAGCAGAGAACAAAAGCAUAUUUUUGAGGCCAACAGAAUCAGUUGAUGGUUUAACAAGUUGGAAAUCGUUACCUCUGACUUGUCAGGACUAGACAAAUAUCCUUCCGACGGAAAGGAGGAGAGUCACAAAUUUGCAUCACACACAAAGAAAACCAACGAGAGGAACAAAUUAUUUAUUCAGUUGGAAGUUCGCAUGUAUUAUUAGCAAUAAUUGCAUUUGCAUAUACACAAAACUAUUAUAAACUUGGCUUAGACCUAUCAAAUCGAAGCAAUCCCAGCGUGGAAAACUAAGAGAGCCCCAUAAACUAUUUACCUUCAACUGGCGUAGUGAUAAUUAGUGUCAAACACACACAAAAACCCCCCUCUUAGAUCGAACGAACAAUUGUUUAUAACAAAAUCGUUGUAAGCUCUUCAGCCGGAGUUGUCUUUUAAAGUGAAUUCUCCGCGCCUGAAGUGGCC